UACACACACGGAGAAGAGAGCAGAUCAUUUUGGCGAAGAGAUCCUGAAGGAUUCCAGUACAGGCAGGCGACCGAACCUGUCGUUGAUGCAGCAAGCAGUUCGGAGUGAGAUGAGCACGAGAUAGUUUCGAUUUUAGUGGUGGGUGACACCGUUUUCACCGAGAUCAGUUGCAUACAUAGUGUUUCAAUGGGAAAAUGGUAGUUUUGGUCUGCUGCUGGGAUGUGAACUGCAUUCUUAUUUCCAGUGUCUGAUGAUAAGGGGGACAGUUUUCUGGAUUUAUUCGGAAGGAAUACCUUGAAUUAAUCGAAUCAGUUAAUCUACCAGAACUUAGAAAAAUGUAAACUCGAAUUACGUGUGUAAUUGCGCGAGUGCCCAAUCCCAAUCGAGUGAUCAAGAAAAUGGACCCAACCUUGGGGGGACCGAUCCUGCCAAAAUGUACUAAUACAAGUGUGACCCUUGACUGCUGCCGUCAAUGAGUCUUGUCUGUGCUAAUCGACACGAAUCGAAGGGGAGUGGCUGUUGUCGCAGCAGCUGUGGCAGGUGUGCCCAUUAUCGGCGGACAAUCGCUGCACUUUUAAGAGGAGGAGGACAACGUCGACGCAAUUCGGGGGCCUCGGUAGCGAGAGCGGCCUCAUCAUAGCAUCGUCAUCCUGCACCGCAACCACAGGCACCAAAAUCUCCACCGGCGACAGCAGCGACGCUAGUGGUUUCCCGCGCCCGACGUAGACUAAUGCAGUGGAGGAAGUUUGCACGGCUGAAAACGACUGCUACGACCGCUGGACAUUCGCGUACGCGGAGAAUGCUUUGCUGUGGCCGCAGAAAGGAAAAUGGAAGAUCAGUGCCUGACCUCACCGCAAGCCCGGGCCGUGCUCCGCCUGGUCCAAUGCCCUCCUCGCACCAACAGCAGCAACAGCCCGGCCAGGGCAUCAUGCAGCAACGCAACCAGUAUGGCCAACUGCAGCAGGGUGGCAGCGGAGGAGAGCAGCGAGGUAUGGGCGGACCAGGUCCCGGAGGGGGAGGCAGCGGCAGCGGGUCCAACAAGGAACCAGUAUUACUACAGGGCGACUUCCGGAAGGUGUCCGGCAUCAGUUCGGAGAUAUUCCGCCAGAUCGAAGCGGUGGAAAACGACCACGAUCCCAGUACGGCGGCAGCACUGGAGGCUGUGGAAAGACGUGGUGAAAUGAUAGUGCGAAUCCUGGAACCCCGCUGCAUGGGAAGUCGACAGGCCGUCGAAGCUGGACAGAAGUUUCUCAACAAAGCCGACGCACGGCACACGGUUCAGCUCGUGGAAAUCGUCAAACGACCUGGCCAAACCCUGGGGUUGUACAUUCGCGAAGGGAACGGUGCGGACCGGUCCGAUGGUGUGUUCAUCUCCCGGAUAGCUCUGGAAUCGGCCGUCUACAACAGUGGAUGUCUGAGAGUGGGAGACGAAAUUUUGGCCGUCAAUCUGGUGGACGUUACGCGGAUGUCACUGGACGACGUAGUCAUAAUCAUGUCUAUACCGAGACGUCUCGUGUUGGCUAUCCGACAACGUCGGGGUUCCCGCGGAGCCAACUCACCGGGGCCACCUCAAAUGUCCCGUCCGGAGCAGAAACCCCCGCCAGUGGUCGUCAUCAAGCGAGACCUUCGGGAUGACGAUCUGGACGAUUCGGACCGCGCACCACGCUCAUCGAGAUCCACCCGAGUCCGCCGAAUGGGUGAUGGCCGCGAGAUGACCCAGUCCCACUCCCGGAUGGGACUCGGCAUAAACAGCUACAGCCCCCAGAGCGAGCAACUGGAUUUGUACUAUGGUCCAAGGCAGGGACAAUCUGUGGAAACACCAAGCUGGGGCUACAAACCACCGCCACCGCCGUCAGUCAUCACAGAACAACCGAAGGGAACGCACGGCUUCCAAACUUCGCACUCGUACUAUCAGAACGCCGGAACGCUGGAAAGUCUCGCCGAGAAGGUGCACUCAUUCUACCCCAGCGCCAACCGACGGAUGUCAGCCGGUACUGGCGUCACAAUGUCGCAAUCCCACCAACGGUUUCCACGGAGCGGUUCCGAUCAACACUUGCCACGAGUCGAAUACGCAGAUUACCAAUCGCUCGGGAGACACACGCUGCUACGGUCUAGCCUGAAGUCAGACCUCGUCCAGGCAGCUCCCAUCGCCGGCGGUACCCUUGACCGCUACGGACGUUACGAACCACCACCGUCAUCACGCACACCGAAAUAUGGUCCGUCACCGUUGGGCGCCACUGGAUCCCUCCAGAGGCGUUCCCGUCCGGCGUUGGACUACUCAAGCGAUACGGAAGCUACCAUCGGUCCACGGCCUAGUUAUUACUACUACAACCACCCAGCUAUGGCGAACACGAUAGCUCGCGGUAGUACGCAAGCCCUCGGAGGUGGCCCAGAGUAUGCCAAGUUCAAUUCGCUCCCACGCGAUCGACCCGGAUCCCGCAUGGGUCUCCGCAGUCGCAUAGGUGAACGACUGCAGGACGAAAAUGAUGGAAACCUUUCAGCUCCCGAGUACUCACUGCCCAUCCGAAGGGAUCCCCGAGAUCUGCGCCAGCGUCUGACCGCCAGUCCAUCGAUCUUCACCUCGGAUGAAUACCGAGCUUGGCUGCGACGCGCUCCAAGCAGUUCCGCCAUUUGCGAACAGAUGCGAGCCUCGCGCGACAUCCUAAAUCAACAGCGAGCACACCGGUUCUCCUGCUCCGCCGAAAACAUCCACGAUGUGCUGAAGAACACCGAAAACAUCUACAGCAGCCGGACAGCACUCACCGGCGGCACUCUAGAUCGGCACGGUCUAACCGGAGCCGGAGGUCCUCGUAUGUCUUCACUGCCUGUACGGUCCAUGUCUUCGCAGCACAUCGGACCGUCGUCGAUCCGUUCACCCAGCGUCCGGCGGAUGCGACAACUACUGGAACUGACCCAGGCCGGCACAGGUGGUGUGCCAGGAUCGGCCAUGGCAGCUCUCACCGGGCACCAGAGCCCAGCGCCGACUCCGAGCACUACACUGCCCCGCACCCACCGCCAGAUCGACAUCAACCCGGCCGAGUACACCAAGUACAAGCUAGACAAACCAGUGGUUGACGCCAUCGGAAUGUCCGGCAUGCUGUGGAUCCAUCUGCUUGCCGGUCGCGGACUUCGGGCCAUGUCUGAAACGUCUCAAGCGCAGCAGCCGAUGAUCAGGGACCUGUACUGCGUGCUGGAAUGCGAUCGUAUCCACAAGGCGCGUACUGUUGUGCGAUCGGGCGAUCUCCAGUUCGACUGGGAUGAAUCCUUCGAGCUAGACCUGGUGUGCAACAAGCAGCUGGACGUUCUCGUAUACUCGUGGGAUCCUCAACAUCGACACAAGCUGUGCUAUCGGGGUGCACUGUCGCUCACUACUCUCCUACGGCAGUCACCGAUCCAUCAGCUGGCGCUGAAGGUUGAACCCCGUGGAACGAUCUACUUGCGCCUGCGGCACACGGAUCCCUUCCAGCUGUACCGGCGACGGGGAUUGCCCAGCCUGCGGGGUAACGUGCCGGCCUUGUUCGGGGCCGACCUGGAAACGGUAGUGACACGCGAAUCCAAGGGUGCUCCAGGCAGUGCUCCAGUUCCUAUCAUUCUGCGUAGAUGCGUCGAGGAAGUCGAACGGCGCGGUCUGGAUAUCAUCGGCCUGUAUCGAUUGUGCGGAUCGGCCACCAAGAAACGAUUGCUCAGGGAAGCGUUCGAGCGUAACAGCCGAGCAGUUGAGCUCACGCCGGAGCACGUGCCGGAUAUCAACGUAAUCACCGGUGUUCUCAAGGACUAUCUCCGUGAACUUCCCGAGCCGCUGUUUACCAAGUGUCUGUUCCAAAUGACGGUCGAUGCGCUAGGUAGUGUCUGCCUGCCAGAUGAUCCGGAAGGAAAUGCCAAGCUGAUGCUCAGUAUUCUGGACUGUUUGCCAAGGGCAAACCGGGCAACGUUGGUAUUCUUGCUGGAUCACCUGUCGCUAGUGGUGUCCGCGUCGGAGCGGAACAAGAUGUCCGCCCAGGCUCUAGCCACGGUUAUGGGCCCACCGUUGAUGCUGCACUCGUCCAGUACCGGCCCGAACGAGGAGAUCGAUCACGCACAACCGAUCGCAGUGCUCAAAUAUCUUCUGCAGAUCUGGCCGCAGCCACAGCACGGCCACGUCGGUGGUACUUCAGGUCGGCGCGGCGAGCCAGUAGAGCCGCGUGGAAACAAAGCCAGUGCGUUGCCAGUGGGCAAAUCUCCGGCUCUACACCCGUCCCUCCCAUCAUCAUUGGGGGCGGCCCCACUCAGCCUCAGCAGCAGCAGUCUCAGUCUCAGCUCCAACACCAGCCAUCGAUCUCAGCUCCAUCAACCGUCAUCGGCGGCAGCAGCGGCAGCGGCGGCGGCAUCAUCCUCCCUGUCGGCGGCAUCGGGGACAGCGGCAGCGGCGGCGGCGGAACAUAUCUCCCGUUCAGUAGCCAGCAGUCCAUCAACAACCUCCUUACAACACGGUCCGCGUCCGCUCUCAGCCACUCCCAGCAGUCUACAGUAUCAAUCAGUAGUGGCUCAGUUAGCUCAAUCCCAUCGAGCCUCGCCACAAGCGGUCCCACAGCCCCAUCUAUUGGAGGGCUCAGCGGCCUCGGCGGAGCACGGCCAAUCGCCACGUCACGUCACACCCUCCCCAAGCUCUAGUUCCACCUCGUCGGCGUCCGGAUCGGGUUCCGGUACUGAUACCAUCAAACGUGGCGCAUCACCAGCUUCGGUUAAGUUCAAAGAAUCCGGCAGUAGCUAUUCCCUUAAGUCGGACACGAGCCGCAUCCUCAGCAGUAGCGGUAGCCUGGCAAAGAAGUACACCCCCAAUGGAGCCGGCAACGGCGGCGAACCCAUAGCCAAUGGAUCCUCUCCAUACGAGCACCACCCGCCGUCGUCUUCGUCGUCGACGCUUCUUGGCAACGGCAAUGGAGCUAUUCGUAAGCAGCAGCAGCAUCAACGUGACGGCAAUGGCAGCACUAGCAGCACUAUCAACAAUGGACCAAAUAUCUCCUCAUCAUCAGAUCUACAACUUCCAUCCAGAAGUGUUCUUUUUUCAUCGGAUUACUUAUCAUCCACAUCGACCUCCUCGACAUCAGUAACAACAGCAACGACGGCAGCAUCAGUAACGAAGCCAAUGGCACCACUGUCAACGCUGGACGUGGCAACGUUCAGUCUGGAUGAGAAGAACAAUUUGGUGGUAUCUCCGUCGCCUUCGUCAGCAUCGGAGUCAUCUCAUCAUUCGUCGAACUCUUCGCUACGCGAACGAUCACCACAGCCAUCGCCUUCACUGAAGCGACAGGAGCCUGUUGAUCGAACUGAUAGUGUCACAAGUACCAGUACGGGCGGUUCAAGCUUGUUCUCUUCGCUGCGCAGUCAAACCCUCGGCAGUUACCAGUUUCCGUCGAGUACGCUGAAGUUGUCUAGUCAGUUGAGCGCCGAUUCGGCCACUUCUUCGGCAGACGAUGGCAGCACGUCGUCGUUGCUUCGGAAACUCACCACAUCGUUGUCGAGAUCCAUCACUAGUAAUACAGGCACAUUACCAUUAUCGUUAGGUAGACAAAGCGCUAGUAGUGCACUAUAUCAGCAAGACAUAAGCUAUUCAGGCGGCAGUAGUAGUGGUAAAUCAACGAGUGCUUCUCUGAAUUACGCAAGCCCAGCCGGUGGUAGUAGUUUAUUGAGCGGUGGCGAAGGAAAUGGGAGCAGUGCGGUUACCACGGCAGCGGCCGUCAGUAGUAUGAGCAUCUACGGAACUCUUCCGAAGAAUUCGUCAAUUUAUUCAUAUGGCGGCACUUCGUCCAGUUUACUGACGGGUACGUCCAGCUCAUAUGGCAUAAGCGAUAGAUUACGGGCACUGACUGGAAGUGGGAGUGGCAGCGCAGGAGGGGACAGUUCCAGUGGUUUGGGAUCUAGCAUGACAACGACAACCACUUCGUCUAGCUCCGGAGUGGACAGUGGAGCCGGCUCCAGUGCUGCCGAUCUGGGCGCUAGUGGAUAUGACUACGAGUCAUCUGGAUUCUCGUCCACUGGAUUGACCUCAUCCUACGGUGCCACUUCUGCUUCCUCUUCUGUUUCGAUGACUACGUCGGCAGGCUCUGGGCUUUCGUCAUCGUACUUCAGCACCGGAAGCGGUAGUAGUCCUUUUGGAGGAAAUGGCGGUGAAACUACUAGCAGUAGUGGUCCUCCGACGUAUCGAGUGCAAUAUUCGUCAACGAACCCCUUUCUACCUAGUUACAAUCCUCCAAGCGACAAUGGCGCCGGCGCUACAGGUAACGGCGUUACAAGCGGGCGUAACGGUGGAUUAAGGUCUUCGGACGAAGACGACUCGUUCGAUAUGAAAUAAGAUGGAACCGUAAAACAGUUGAACUCGAACAGUAUUAGUCAAACUGUAGCUGACCAGGAGUAUCUAGAACUCUCUUUGUUAACUGUGGAUUAGGAUAAUUACCAGUACCAACUAACAGAACCUUACAAUCAACUUUUCUCUUCUUUCAUACGAUGCAUUUUUUCCCAGACAACAAUACAAUCAAAACGAAGGCAUUUCUUUUUUCAAGUAUUCAGCACUGUAUCGUUUACACCAAGGCGGUCGCGUGUUUUCACACGUCCGCGAAACUCCUUUUCUAGGUUACGUUUUAUCGCGAAAGUUACAGGUUUACAUAUACUACCAAACAGGCAAAAAUACAAAUUUUGCAGAAAACCCAAACGUACUUAUGCAUUAUAUAGCUGUAUUGUAUACCGACGGGAAGAAGUAGCAUCUGCAAACGGCAACAAGAUCAUUAUAAGGUUAUACUAAUGAACGUGUGCAUUUGAUACGCUUUACUUGUCCUUUCGAACAAAAGAAAAACAAAAUCCAAUAAUCGAUGAAACUGCUUUAAACGAAUACCAACAACGCAAAGCCCAAAACACAAUUUCACACGAACACAGUCACACAUCUGCAAGGAAGACCAUCGUUAAGAAAAAAAGAAACACAUUUAAACAAAUCGCCUGCUAUUGUUCAUGGAACGAAGCGCGAGGCAAAAAAAACAAAACAAAUCGAAAACAAUAAGACGAAAAAGAACAAGACUAACUUUUACAUUGAUUACAGUUAUUGAGCAAAG